AUGGCCUACUAUCAUUAUGGCGAGGAGUCGGACAGAAGGCCUGGUCGAAGCCGACACGCGCACCCGACACCCCACGUCGAUUGGCUCGAAACCGGCGAGACGGUGCAUGAUUCGCUGCCUCGCCGAACGAGGAGAGGCCAUAUCAUACAAUAUGCAGAUGAACCGCCUUCGUCCAUGCGACGGAGUCAAACCACCUGGAGCGAGAGGAGCUCGCCUGCGCAAGUCGCGACGAUGCCGCUUCGCACGAGAGCCGCCACCGUUACCACAAUGACCAUGCCUGUUGGCAGAGGCGUAGACCAUCACCGCCAUCAACCUCACCAUCACCGUGCUUCGAGACAUUACGAAGACGAGGACGAGGAGGAUGAAGUCGAGGACGAGGACGAGGACGGGGACGAGUCGCCUGCGGGCAGUCGGCGCGACCUCAGACGCGGCAUGAGCCCACGUUCCGUUCGUCACUACAGGUCAACCCCGGAGUCGAGAAAAGACUCUCGGCCUUCCCAACCCGACUCUGACGGGGAGUCUGAUACUACCGUGUCGACGGAAGACAUAAGGCACCAAGACUUAGAGAAACAUGGGCAGCUUCAAAGACGCGCCCGGCACCCUGAACCAGACGACUAUCUCGACCACCGUGAAGAGGAUCGGCGCUGGAGACGCCGGCAGCGACGUGGUACUGUUGUUUACGAUGCCCAAGACGAAGAUCCGACCCCCCACCAAUCUGCAAUAGAUCACAAGUCUCCCAUCCGCCAUCUGUCCCGGCACUCAUCCCGGCGAUCGACAGACUUGGUUGAGUCUGGUAGCUCCGUCCGACGAGGUUACCACAGUCGUAGCCAGAGCCUCCUCGAGGCCCCUACCCCGCCUCGUUCUUCUGUCAGCCGGCCACGUAGGAGACGCCAUUCUCAGGUCAUCUACACAGAGAUUGUACCACCCACAUUGCGCCGGGCGCACACAGCGUCUGAAACGCAUGUCACAUCGCACAGCACGACGUCCUCCAACCGGCGGCAUUCCGUUCUCGGUGCCUUCCUCGGGCCUGGCAUGCAGGGGCAAGGGUCAGACAGACGAGUCAAGCAGAAAUUCAAGAUGUCCAUCAAGGACCCCGUGGAGAUGCCGCCGAAAUGCUGUGCUGAGCUUAUCCCUCUCAAGCAUGUCGAGAGGCUGUUGCCGACCGAUUUCAAGAAGACGUGGAACAGAAAAUUCGUUGAGUUCUCGACACGAAAUCGCGUCUACUGCCCGGCGAAACGAUGCGGAGAGUGGAUCAAGCCAGCAAAUAUUCACCGUGAGGACGGCCGCAAGUGUGGCAAAUGCAGUCGGUGCAAGCUCAAGGUGUGCUGCGCCUGCAAUGGCAAAUGGCAUGGGUCUCGGGAAUGCCCAAGGGAUGAGGAGACCACAAUAUUCCUCCAGCAAGCCAAGGACGCAGGGUGGCAGCGAUGCCAUAGGUGUAAGGCCAUAGUCGAGUUGAAGGAGGGAUGCAACCACAUGACCUGUCGCUGCGGAGCCGAAUUUUGCAUGAUUUGCGGACUGAAGUGGAAAUCGUGUGACUGUCCCUGGUUCAAUCACGACACGCCGGAGGACGAUCGUCUCGAGGAUAUGCAUAUUCCCAUGUCACUGGGCAGGGACAGGCUUGGGCGGGCAGACGGCAGCCCUCCUGGUCGAGGGACAAUUCGCCCUGUGCCCGACCUGACGGCGCCCAUGUCGAUGAGACCUCGAGUUCCAGAUGCCUACGAGGGUCCGCCGCACGAUCCCCUCAUGAGAAGGCUCCAAGAGAGGCAGGAGAGCAAUCUCGCGCGGCGUUUGCACGUUCGUGACGACGAUGGCGGUGACAUGUCUGCGCACCACAGGGGUGAUGAUCAUCGGAGAAGGCCGCAUCUGGUCCCCAUCCCAGUCCCGACGCCGCCAGCGGCACCUCCCGUGGGAUUCGAAAGACCGGGUGUCGCUGGAGAGUAUGUAUCGGGCGUCAACAGAGCCCGAGGAGUUCGACAGGACUCGGUGGAACGACGUCUCGCAGAUCGUCUAUCGGAGUUUCGGACGAGUCCUGGGUCGAGGCCUGGCAUGAUGAUGCCGCCGCCGCCACCAAUGCCGGCCAGCGCCGGGCUGCCAAUGUCUAUGCUCGCCACGCCUGCGGCUCCGACCGCGCGCAUGUUGGCCAUGGAGGAGGACAUGAUGUACAACAGUCGCAGUAGGGGAGGCUGGCCCCCAGGAUCAGACAUUGGCAUGAUGAUGUCGGGCGGCAUAGGAGGAGGCUACGCCCCACCGCCCCCAGCGCCCAUGCUGCCGCCGCAAGUGCCAGAGACACCCGAACCUCCGGCCUGGCCUAACGAGCCUGAGCAACCCGCCCUCCACUCUCACGUUCUCCACUGUUUCGACCAUCACCAACUCCGACUACUCUGCGCCAAGUUUGCCAUGCUGCUCCUCCAUCAGGUCGGCAGCGUCAAGCUCGGCGAGGUUGUCCGCUACACUGUCACAUACACCCCUUCUCAGGAUCGUAUUCUUCCCUCACCGGAGAAGCUCCACGUUCGCAUUCGCAACACGUCUGCCAUCGCGCUUCGUGCCGCUUUCGUCCAUGGGCCCUACAACCUUUGCGUCGCCGCCUACCCUGCUGCCUUCAACCCCAACGUCAAGUUCCAGAACCCCCGCCGCUAUGGCGUGCCCGAAUUUGAACCCAUGGUCAAGGCUGGCGGCUCCUGGCAGUGCGAGUUGGUCGUCCCCGAACAUAUCCGCCAGAGCGCCGGCACCGGCUCGCAUGGCCACUUUGGUGCCGGUCCCGAUCACGAGGCCGAGAGCGCGUCUUGGAUCAUCGAGGUCUCCUCCCAGGUCAUCUUUUCCACCUCCGCCUCCGUAGGCUACGAAGUUGUCCUCGCCCGCGACGAGAAGUCCCUGAACCUGAACUCCCUGCCCGUCAUCGGCGGCCAGGCCAAGGCACCCCAGCCCGGUAAAGUCAGCGACCUCGUGCAUCACGAUCACACCAAGAACAGCCACCGCAGCGGCCCCCCCAAGGGCGUCUUCUCCAGGGCUAUAACGCUCAAGGUCGAAGACACGGCUACACUCUGGAACACCCCGAGGCUACCGGGUUGGGAUAAUGGCUCCAAAAUCCUCGAGCGCGGCAAGAUGCGGGCCCCGAAGGAAGAGGCUGCCGCAGCGGCCGCCGCCGCCAGCAACACCACCACCGCAAAUCAGAAGAAUACUGCGUCGCGAGUUGCUACCCCCGAAUCACCGCACAGCCCAUCCUCGAGCGCGAAGCUUCAUGAGAAGCCUAAGAAGGUGCACCUUGUGGUGCUCACCCACGGACUGCAUAGCAACCUCGGCGCCGACCUGCUGUAUCUGAAAGAGAGCAUCGACGCCACGGUACGACAGGCCAAAGUCGACGCCAAGGCGAGGCGUGCGAAAGACAGGGAAGCUCGCAGGGCCAAGGCGGCCGCAGCCAAAAGCGGUUCCGCCGAAAACGAGGGCCAGGGUUCCGAUGCGCCGGAGACUUGCGCCGGUACAGAACACGACGACGAAGCUGAGGAAGAUGAGGAAGACGAAGAGGUCAUCGUCCGCGGAUUCUCCGGCAAUGCGACUCGUACUGAGAGGGGCAUCAAGUUCUUGGGAAAGAGACUGGCUAGAUACAUCCUCUCGACCUGCUAUCCUGAUCAGCCCUUCCUGCCAUCUUUCAAGGGGGCCGCCGAAGUAGCUGCCAACAACAUCAAGCCAGAUCAUGAGGGCAAGACGGCACAUAAGCACAGCUCGAUUCACAAGGAAGAGAUCCCACUCGCAGCACGGCCUUUUAAGAUCACCAGCAUCAGCUUCAUCGGGCACUCCCUCGGUGGCCUCAUCCAGACAUAUGCCGUAGCAUACGUUCAGAAGCACUCGCCCCAAUUCUUCGACCUCAUCAAGCCCAUCAACUUUGUCACGCUCGCCACGCCCUUCCUGGGUCUCAGCAACGAAAACCCUCUGUACGUCAAGUUCGCACUCGACUUUGGCCUCGUCGGCAGAACAGGACAAGACCUAGGCCUCACUUGGCGGGCGCCGACCAUCGCAAGGAGCGGUUGGGGUGCCAUUGUCAGCAAUCUCGGCGAGAGCGCGCACAAAAAGGUCAUAGGAGAGAGCCGUCCCGAGUCGAAGCCAUUGCUGCGCAUCCUACCUACAGGCCCCGCCCACACGGCGCUGAAGAAGUUCCGCAACCGGACUGUCUAUUCCAAUGUGGUCAACGAUGGCAUCGUACCUCUGAGAACAAGCUGCCUGUUGUUCCUCGACUGGCAAGGUCUAGGACGUGUUGAGAAGGCGCGGCGCGACGCAGGUCUGGUUGAGACGUUGGUGGGCGCCGGCUGGGCUGAGCUUACCGGGGCCAACGUGGGCAGCACGCGCCGCGAGGCGCGGCAGCUGCCUCCUGAAGACAACGACGAGGGAUCUGGGACGGCCACCCCCACCGCACCACAGAAUGCGGCUGAGGUUCCCCAGCCUGGUCAGAAUGCCAUCGUCGAAGAUGACAACGCUAGCUUGCGAUCAGUACCGACGCCUUACCAGGACGAUGCCGAGACCACGGCGCCCAAAUCUUCCGAAUCGUCUAACAAUGGCAGUGGUCCCUUUGCUGGCUUCUUCAACUUCUUUAAGAAUCAUGACCCACCGGCACCGACAUCGCCAACGCUCUCUCCAAAACAGAACAAGAUUUACAGGCGGAGCCAGACAAUCAAGUUUGAUGAUUCCUCCACAACGUCUCAGUCGUCUGGGGCGUCCAAGGUGACGUCCGGGCAGGAGUUUGAGAACGACACAGAUGGGAUGAACGCCCCGCCCCGGACCACUUUCUUCGAGUCGGCUCACGACCUUAUCAACCCCACGCUGCCAUCCACAGAAUUUGUGGUCGACCCCUCCAAACGACCUCGCGCCAUCUUUCACGACCGCGUUUACCACCCUUCCGAUAUCCCGCCACCCCCUCUCAAGAAAAAGAAUUCGUCGGGUUCUCUCGUCAUCCGUAGGCGCAACACGGGCCACUCGACCGCAAGCACCGACACAAAAGACCACGCCCCUUCGGUCGCCUCGUCGCUAGGAUCCUCCCCGCGCACUCCCAGCCAAGGCGUAGGCCGCGAGGAUUCGCUUCAGUCUACCAAGGACUAUGAUGACACGACCAACACGAACCCCAAUAAAGAUGAAGACCAAGAGAUCGAUGGAUCGCAGAUGCGUGUUGAAGAGAAGAUCGCCCGGGCCUACCACCGCGGCAUGGCCUGGCGCAAGGUUCUCGUCAAGCUCGAGCCCGAUGCUCAUAACAACAUUAUUGUGCGGCGCAUGUUCGCUAAUGCCUUUGGGUGGCCCGUUGUCAAGCACCUAGUCGACGCGCACUUUAGCGACUCGGCAACGGUGCGCAUGCGUGUUGAUGAGGAGGGCGGCGAGGAGCGUGCCUUUGACAUGGGACAACCCCCAGACCAAUACGGCGGCGAGGUCAAGCGGAGCAAUGGAAACGACGGCGCUGGCGGCACAAGCACUCACGAAAAGCCACCGCACGAAGAGACGAGCGCUCAGCGAACAGCGCGGAAAGAACAAGAAGGCGACGGCGACUGGGCCGAUACAGAUGGUGAUAGCGAUGUGGGAACCGAGGCCGGCGGCCGCAGCCCGCGGCCCAUGACGCCCGACGGAAAGGGGAAGGAUGUGCACGGCAGCUGGAAUUGGACGGAGAAGAUUGUUGGCAAGGGACCUGCAACCCGCUCGGUCUCAGGGCAGCAGCAGCAGCAGCACCUUCAGCCUUCUGCGCAGCCGCCACCGCUGCAUAUUCCAGCAGGGGGGAAGCCGGUUGAGGAGAUGACGCCGCAGGAGGUGAAGCCACAGGAGGGGAAGCCACAGGAGGGGAAGCCACAGGAGGUGAAGUCGCAAGAGACGAGGUCAGAAGAGGCGAGGUCGCAAGAGUGA